GUCUGGGGGUCUGCAGUCCAGGUGUCUGGGGACUGCUGGAGGGGGAUCUUGCUGCUGGGUUUGUCUCUGUGCUCAGUUUAUUAUUUAUUGUGGGUGUGAUUCACCGUUGGACACUCCAUGAUGGGCGAGAGGCUGCUGCCCAUGUUCCUGCCAUUGGAUAAAGAACCAGUGCUGCUGCGGUUGAGGUUCACAGCCUUGGCUGUCGGCACGGUGAUGUGCCCGCUCUUUGGCUUCCUCUUCUGCAUUAUAUGGUCAAUGCUGUUUAACUUUGAGGAGACGACAGCGACACACUGCCAGGUCCCCAACUACCUCCCGUCGAUCAGUGCUGCUAUUGGAGGGGAGACACCUCAGCGCUAUGUCUGGCGUUUCUGCAUCGGUCUGCACUCAGCACCCCGGCUGCUGGUCGGGAUGGCAUACUGGAGCCACUACCGCCGUGCCCCCUCGCCUGGCCGCUGGUAUGGCCCCCUCUGCUUCAUCAACUUCUCCUGCAACAUGCUGGAGAACCUAGCGUUGCUGCUCCUGACGUUUGUCUCUUCAACAGAGAAUCACUGGGUCCAUGAGAAAGCUUUUAUCUCCUUCAUGGUAUCAUCAAUGCUUCACAUGAUCCUCACCUGCAUCAUCUGGCAGCAGACCAAGAAAAGCACAGUAAGUCCAGAGGAGAGGACCUCUCUGAGCUGGAAGCGGAGGCUGUUCAUCUUCAAUCUGAGCUCGUUUGUGAUUGCUGUCUGUUUCUACUUCCGACACAAUGCUUACUGUGAGACUGGAGUUUACACAGUCUUUUCGUUCCUGGAGUAUUUGGUGGUUUUGUCCAACAUGAGCUUUCACAUGACAGCUUACUGGGACUUUGGAAACAAGGAACUGCUGAUUGGAAGCCUCCCCGAGGACAAGCGAUUCUGAGAGAGGUUCCUGAAGCCCUGUGUCCACAGGGAAGCGGACAAUCAGACCCCUGUCUGAGGCACAAAGCAGGGGCUGUCUCAGCGGGCCAGAGGUCACCUAUUAAAUGGGGAGGAGCGAGCGUGGGGGAGGGGACAUUGGCAGUGACGGUCACUGUGACAGUGCCUCUGCUGUCAGUGCCAGAGGAUAAAGGAGUGUUUGAGAGAGAGUGAGUGAGAGAAUGACUGUGUGAAAGCAGCCUUUAUACUGCAAACUGUGACACUGUCAAUGUUUCCUGCACAUUUUGAACACUAAUGAUGUGACAUUUGGUGGGUUGCUGUGUUUUCCUCAUAUCCACUGGGAGUUUGAGAAUCUGAUCUUUAAAUUGAAAGAAAUGAUUUUCUUGAUUUCAUUUUCUCUCUCCACCCCCCCCC